AUGAGCUGUCGCGUCGAUCUAAUCAAGCGCUCGCUCAAAAUGAGCACGAAGACCCGGUUCUACACCACCAAGUCGCCCAGAAACUUGGUUUCCACCACACGUGACACAACCUUCUCCCACUCCGUGGACAGCGACGACCCACACACGCAAGUCAAGCCGGUCGGGCCGCAGGCCAAAGCCAUGUUGGAAGACCCCGUUCCCCGCCAGACCCGUCUAUUCGUCGAGGGCCCCAUCGAGUGUCCUCUAGAAGGCUUUCAGCUGCUAAACUCGCCGCUUUUCAACAAGGGUUCUGCGUUCACCCAAGAGGAAAGACAAGCUUUCGGUCUUGAGGCAUUGCUGCCACCCAUGGUCAACACCUUGGACGAGCAAGCUGAGAGAGCUUACAAACAGUUGUGCUACCUCAAGACACCUUUAGCCAAAAACGAUUUCAUGACCUCCAUGCGCACUCAGAACAAGGUCCUUUUCUUCGAAUUGGUGAGACGCCAUAUCCGUGAAUUGGUGCCUAUCAUCUACACUCCUACCGAGGGUGAUGCCAUCGCCGCCUAUUCGCAUCGUUUCCGUAGACCCGAAGGUGUUUUCCUUGAUAUUACGGAGCCCGACUCCAUCGAGCGGCGUCUCGAGUCCUACGGUACCGGUAAAGAUGUUGAUUACAUAGUUGUCAGUGAUUCUGAAGGUAUUCUUGGGAUUGGUGAUCAAGGUAUUGGUGGUAUUAGAAUCGCCAUCUCGAAGCUGGCUUUAAUGACCCUUUGUGCUGGUAUUCAUCCUGGCCGCGUGCUUCCCGUGUGUCUGGACGUGGGUACCAAUAAUAAGAAACUAGCCCGUGAUGAACUGUAUAUGGGUAACCGCUUUGCCAGAGUUCGCGGUAAACAAUAUGACGAAUUUGUUGAUAAGUUCAUCAAAGCCUUAAAGAAAAGAUUCCCCUCCGCCGUGCUACACUUUGAGGAUUUCGGUGUUACUACAGCUAGACCUUUGCUGGAUCGUUACAGAAACGAGAUUGCUUGCUUCAAUGAUGACAUUCAGGGUACCGGCGCUGUGGUGAUGGCUUCUUUCUUGGCAGCCUUGAAGCACACAAAGAGAGAACUUGCGGACGUCAAGGUUCUAGUCUACGGUGCUGGCUCAGCCGGUUUGGGUAUCGCCGAUCAAAUCACAAAUCACAUGGUGACCUACGGCUUAUCCAAGGAAGAAGCGCGCUCCAAGAUCUAUUUGAUGGACAAACGUGGUCUAAUCAUGGACUCGAUGAAUUCGACCUCUUCUCCAGCGCAAAGUCUCUACUCCAAGCCAGAUCAAGAUUGGUCUAGCGUUAACACCUCCUCUCUGUUAGAGGUAAUUACCCAGGUGAAACCAACGUGCUUGAUCGGUUGUUCCACUCAAGCCGGUGCCUUCAACAAGGCUGUCGUUCAAGAAAUGCAUAAGCACAACCCAAGACCAAUUAUUUUCCCGCUUUCCAACCCAACAAGGUUGCAUGAAGCCGUGCCCGAAGAUUUGAUGAAGUGGACUAAUUUUGAAGCUCUUGUCGCCACGGGUUCUCCAUUCCCACCAGUCAACGGAUACCGUAUCUCAGAAAAUAACAAUUGCUUUUCCUUCCCAGGUAUAGGAUUGGGUGCGGUCUUGGCUCGUGCCAAUUCCAUCACUGACACCAUGAUUUCUGCUGCUGUGGAUCAAUUAGCCGCUUUGUCGCCCAUGACCGAAUCAGAUUCCAAACCCGGCUUACUUCCUCCUUUGGAGGUCAUCAAUGACACAUCUGCAAAGGUUGCUACCGCUGUUAUCCUACAAGCUCUAGAAGAGGGCAAUGCCCGCGUGGAGGAGGAGAACGUCCCUGGUAAAACCGAAAAGGUAAAAGUACCUCGCGAUUUUGAUGCUUGUCUAAAAUGGGUUAGCAAACAAAUGUGGAAACCGGAGUAUAGACCAAUGCUAAAGGUACAGCAUGACCCUAAAGUCUUCACUCAUCAAUACUGA